AUGAGUGAAAAAGAGGCUCUUUCUUUUUUUCAGGAUUUGGUGGCAGGAGAGAAAGAAUUUGAGAAGUUUUUGGAGAAUGCAGGACCCCGGCUUGUUGUCAUUGACUUUUCUGCAAAAUGGUGUGGGCCUUGCAAAAUGAUUCGCCCUGCAUUUCAUGAGCUGGCUGUUCGGUAUGAAAAUGUGCUGUUCGGUAUCGUUGAUGUGGACUUGGCAAAGGAUGUGGCUGAUCUUUGCAAUAUCGCCGCCAUGCCAACAUUUCAGUUCUUCAUGAAAGGAGAAAAGAUUUUUGAACUAACUGGUGCUAAUGCAAAAAAACUUGAAAAGAAGAUUAAAGAGCUGAUGUAAUCCUUGAAGAAAACUCCUGAUGCAAUGCCAUGUUGUUGCCUACAAAUGCCAGUAAAAUAAAAUGUUCA